GGGCUUCGAUCGGCCUAAGGACAGCUGGGACGAGGUCCUUGGAAGGGAAUGCUCUGAAACGGCGUAUCAGCGUAUUCACAUAAGUUCAUGUUAUAGCCGCGCGGUGAAAUCGUAUGAGGGCAAUCAACUAGCAUGACGGCUGGAGGAAGCAUCAUGUGAAACCCGACGAUAGAAACCGGUUCAUGAAAAGUCUUCAGAUUCAAAAGGGCGUAGUGCGGAACGUCAUUGCGUCUCUUAGCAAAACCAGGUUAAAGGGUGAUAGAUCAUCCAGGCAGUUCGAAGCAUGACGAAGUACUGGCUGAGCGUGAUCCUUCUCAGGGUCGUUCUACCAGUCAUCUUAGCCGGAUGUACAAUAUGGCGGCCAGUGGGAUUGUCGGCAGCUUACCUGGCGCUAAUGCUUUAUUCCCCGAUAAUUCCGAUACCGAUGCGUGGAACAAUGCCGCAACACACCAGGACGUACUUAAAGAUUUGCAUUUGCCUAGCUUUCAUUAUAGUCGUAGCUCAGAUCGCCUUUCACAUUGUUCUCCUAUCACUACCGCCUUACGGAUACUUUCUCCAGAACUGCGAAUUUAUGGAGAAGUUGUUCCGACACAUAGGUUUCGUCAGAUUAGAUAGCGCAUCCGUCUGGGAAGUUUUUUACUGGCUAACGCCGGAAUUCAUAGUCUUACCUACCGUGAUCGCAAUGUAUUUCAUAUGCAGUGCCCUUAUGGUGAGACAGGAUAACGAAGAUACUAUUUCUCUUCACCAAGAAACUUACUCCAAGCAAAAGAAGACGGAAGACAAGACCACCAUGAUAAUCAACUUCCUGGGACGUAUCGGCACCUAUAUCGUCCUGGCGUCACUGUGCUGCGCCGCGGCCUUGAAGCCAUCGAUAGAGGCAGCUUUCUACUUCCUGAUUUUCCUGGGCGCAGCUACAUGGUGGGCCUGUAAUAAGGAAUUACGGAAAGGUUUCGCGGUGAUUUGCAGAAUCGUGAUGAUUAUUGUGAUCCUUCACAUCAUCGCGUUGCUCGCCUAUCAGAACCAAUGGCCACAGGAACUCAUUCCGGUCGCCAGCCCAUGGUCGCGUUACCUGGCGUUAACUGCAGUUUAUCACACCAAUUGCAGUCAUCCACGAUACGUGGAGUAUACGGGUGAUGCGGAUUGGAUGAUCUACGGCUAUGUUUUGAGGCUGUUUUGGCUAUAUUAUAUUCUGUCGUUGCAGUCCCAGUUCCUCAUGAAGCAACCGGCGAAGCAAGCGAAACGAUUAAGCGGCAAACUGGAGAACCUGGACACUCCAUUAUCGAGACAUGUGUCCAUCAAGCGCAGAACACCUUCUCAAAGAUGGCAAUCGGCGCGACGUAAGGCUCGCCUUUUGCGGUUUGGGUCAGGAAGAACAGGACUGCUUCAAGAUUCCACCGGGAGCGUCAUCGUUCAGGAUAGUCACCAGGACGACACGCAGAUGCAGAGUUUUAGUGAAGGAGCUGCCAAUGAGACGCCAGGUGUCGUCGAGCAGAUAAUCAUGGCGGUGUACUCGAUCUUCCAAUUAAUAGUAAAUUCAUCGUAUCUCGCUACAAACAUAAUCAUGAUGACAUGGAGUAUAAUGUAUCACAGCUGGACGACAUUCGUCCUAUUACUUUGGGCACUGAUUUUAUGGAUGGUUCCCAACAAACGUGCUUCCAUGAUGAAAUGUUCGCCCUUCAUCGUGUUCUAUGCGACCCUCCUACUUCUCGGACAAUAUGUUUAUAGUAUGGACUUAAAUGACCAAGAGCUGCCACAGGAGGUAAACGGUGUCAAUAUUUCCGAGAUCGGCUUCAUCAAAGUUGACAAACUCAGUCGCUGGCAUCUAAUAGUUAAGUGCCUGUUUAUAUCGAUGUUCUGGAUCACUAUGAGGCAAUAUAUGACAGAACGAAAGCAACAGCAACGAUCUUCCGCGCUAAGAGACAUGGUGGCACCGUUACACGUGUCCGUCUCGACUGCUACAACUGCCAUGAGUCACGAGACGCCCGAAAUCAAGAGUAAAUUUAUGAAAGAAGUUGGCACGCGGUUACGGAGUCUGUUAACAAGAUUCUGGAUCGCUGUGGUGGCAAUCACGUUGUUCAUCUGCGGUAUCAUGGGCGAACGUAUGACGGUCUUCAGAAUCGUUUACAUGUCGUUAUUCCUCGUCUUUGUUAUUACAUUCCAGGUUUCAUGGGUGGCAUGGAGAAGGAUGAUGUAUGUAUUCUGGAUAACCGUAAUCGGAUAUUCCAUCAUUAUGUUGAUUCUCGUGUACACCUACCAGUUUGAAAAUUUCCCGACUUAUUGGGAAUAUCUCGGAAUAGACCAAGACAUGCAAAUGGACAUCGGAUUGGAGACCUAUGAGAUCAAAGAUCUGUUCGUUCGAUUGUUGACACCGACGUUCUUCGUUAUCAUCACCGUAGUUCAAAUUCAUUACUUCCAUAACGAUUUUCUGCAAGUGACCAAUAUCGACAGACUGGAAUCUGAAAAUGUAUGUAGACACUCGAGUUUGGGUCAUUCGGCUAGUUACAACAUUCCUGCGUCUUCGCCGACUGACGUCACGCUCACAGAAGACGAUGGAAAUGCGAUAUACACAUUGAAACAAUUGAAACAUAUGUCGAAAUUAGAGAGAAUUGCUCUGUGGCAAAAAAUAAAGAAGCACAUAGUGAAUUUCUAUAAUUACACUUGGCUCUUCUUCGAAAUUCACGUGCAGAAAAUUAUCUUUAUUUCGUUCGUUCUUCUGUGCAUCUACGACGUCUGCGCGAUCAAUUUCUUAUUCAUCAUCGUCAUAGUUAUCAUGAUUAAUUUUAACAGAAACGUUCAAAUAAAGGCAAUUAACGUAAUGGCUGCAACUAUAUCACUUCUUAUGGUUACUAAGAUGUUGUACCAAAUUAAAUAUAUCAAUCACAAAAAUUGGAAUGUUAAUUGCACGGAUGAAAACCAACAAUAUAUAAAUAUCACUUACAACAUAGCCGAAUGGUUCGGAAUGAGAAAAGCCGAUCCGGGUGGACUGCCAAAACUACUCGCAGGUUACAUUGGCAUCGUCACCGUGACGACCUGCAGGAAAAUCAUUAGGGUCCGUCAGUGGUUUUAUCGCAUCGACAAAGGAGAGCCGUUUGACACUCCUCAGGUGAUGUUCCCGGCUAUCACCAGGGCGGAUGCCGACAAAGGAAUACCAGAGUGCUUGAAGUUCCUCUUCAAUUAUGGCUUUUACAAAUUUGGUCUUGAAAUGUGCCUGAUUGGCAUCGUCGCGCUGAUCGGUACCAGGCUGGACUUUUACUCCGUUUUGUACUGUGUAUGGCUGCUGCUGUUCUUCUCGUUAAAAAGAAAGGCCGUGGCGCGACUAUGGCCGUUCUUCAAGUUCUUCGCCAUAAUUUUCCUGCCUGUCCAGUACGCUAUCGUUGUGGCUCCACCUUCAUGGCUCUGUAUAGAAUAUCCGUGGGACGAAUCCGAAGUGAUGAGAAGAUUGCAGGAAUGGAUGUUCCUCCCGGAUCCACAUUAUCCGCCGAAUCCCAAGAAACUGAUUUGUGACUUCAUCUUACUAAUGAUGAUCGUGCGGCAAAGUCUGAUCUUCAACAUCGAACAGCAAAAUUUGCAGUCUAAUACGGAUUUCGUAGCUGGCCAUAACUACUCCGUUUUCAAGGAUAUGGAGAAACCGAACUUUACGAAUCCCGUGAAAGAUUAUGUAUCGCAGAUUCAUUCGUGGUUGGACAUAGUCAAACGUGGUGGCAUGAUGAGUCUCAUGUGGUUGACUUUGUCAAUCAUGUUUUUAGCUGGAACAGAAAGAACGAAUAUCUUCUCGCUUGGCUACCUCAUAGGAGCAUUUCUGUUCCUUUGGCAAGGAAGCGACUUUUACUUGAGACCAGUGGGAACUAUCUUGAGAUGGUGGAACAUAUUAAUUGGUUAUACUGUCAUUGUAAUCUUCGCGAAAGCUUUACUUCAAGGUGUAGGCUGCGUCCUCAUCAAAGACCUCGAGCGUUCAGUAUGUUGGCUGGUACAAUUGCUGGGCAUCGCGUGUCUGAGGAAAUUCAAGAGUUCCUCGAGCGACAUACCAGAUCCCACCGAAUGUGACGUCCCUCGUGAAAAUAUAGGCAUGGUCUGGGAUGGGUUGUGCUUCGGCUUCCUCUUGAUACAGAAGCGCCUCUUCAAGAGCUAUUACUUCUUCCACAUAGUGGACGAGACGAAAGCCAUGAAGAUUCUAGCAUCCCGCGGUGCGGAACUACACGAAGAGCUGCAUCAGAAGCGCAUAGAAAUCCAAGAGAGCGUGGAAAAGGCUGUUUUAGAGAAACUUAAGUUUAAGAUGGAUAAGAUCAAGGCCAAUCAGCAAAAGAUACAGGGACCAUCUUACAGAGAUCCCCAGACCCACAAAGUCGAUGAACUCUAUCCAAGAACACGGCCAUUGUACAGAAUUCGUUCGCCGAAGACGAAUAAAGAGGCCAUCAGAUCGGGCGAUUACUACAUGUUCGACGAUCUGGAUGACGAUGAUGUCACCGAUUUGCUUCCCGAAAGCGAGAGUGAGAGGAAAGAGAAAAAACUUCCCCAUGAGAAGGACCAAUCAGGAAGAAGAAUGACUGUCUCAGAGUUGAUGAACACGCUGAUUAAAACAGACAUUGAGAUUGCGACGCACGUCGCCAUGUAUGGUGGGACUGAAAAGGAUGCCCUGAGACUUCGACGUAGGAGCGUACCUUUGACACGGAAGAAAUCAUCCAUGUCCUAUCUGAGCGCGCGUUCCGAGACCGACACUGCCAUGGCAACCGAUGGCCCCGAUCGAACGAGUCUCACUUCAGUGGAAAUGGAAACGGAAGAAAAGGAAAUAUCAGGUGCAGAUUUGGCUAAAACGCCCGAACCUUCGGACGUAGAAGAAGAUGAAGAAGAAAAAAAAGAGGAAGAGAAAUCGCAAGAAGACAAGAAAAGCGACGAAGAAAAGGAAGACCAGAAAAAGGUCUCAAUGUUUACGUAUCUCAAGUUUCUCUUGGCGGUGAUCAACAGCACACUAAUUUCGAUGACAAAGUAUCUGAAUCGAUUCUCCCACGAUUACAGAUACAUUCGCAAAGUUUUAAUGAAAGAAAAAACAAAUCUGAAGGCAAAACCAGACUUUAGAAUGGGAUUACGACUAGGAAUUAAUCAAAUGUGGCAGCCGAUACCUCUGAUGCAGGAACGAUCGCCUGAAAAUAACAAGACGGAGGACACGUAUGAUCCUGGCGAAGGUCCGAGCCAACUACAUUCGCAAGAAAAAAGGAAAGGGAGCUCGCUGGCAGUGCCGCACAUCCGAAUCUUGGCGCCGAGUUUGGAGCGAGGAUUGGACAUGUCCUCCUCCAGCACGCUUUUUUCGCAAACUUUGCCAGCCCCGUGCGAUGAAGAGAUGAGGGAAUUGUCGGAAGUGGAUCAACCGCCUAUUAUACAGCUGGCAGCAUCCAUAUGGUUCGGAAUCCUGGCGCAUUCUAGUUUACUCUGUUACUUCAUGGUGUUCCUUCAUCAAAUUAUGCACGCGUCCGUACUCUCGACGCCAUUGCCACUUAUGGUGUUCCUAUGGGGUUCCUUGACGAUCCCGCGACCCUCCAAAACUUUCUGGGUUACCUUGAUCGCAUAUAUCGAGGCCACUGUAAUAAUAAAAUGUAUCUUCCAACUGGAAUUCAUUCCUUGGAAUCGAAUUGCUCCACCGAACCAUCCGCUAUUUCUGCCGAGAAUUAUGGGUAUUCAACGAAAACCGAAUUAUGCCCUUUGGGAUUUAUUGUUGCUCCUUAUAUUAUUUUUCCAUAGAUUCAUGCUAAAAUCCUUGGGUCAAUGGACGAGCCCGUCCAUAAAAUCGAGGAAAAUUAUUCCUUCCAAAUUAACUAUAAUGCCAUCGAAACCACCCAUACUUUUACAAGAAGGACAAGGAGAACAAUACGAUAACGCUGUUUCAACGCAACAGCGACCUGAAGCUGAGAAUGUUGAAGCUGAAUCUCGUGCGGAGAUGGAAACACCUCAAGGACAACCUUUAAAUGCCCAUGUAGCAGGUGAUGCGGACGGUACUCCGCCAACAACGAACGAGGACGAAAAGUCCGCAGCUGCACAAGUAGAAGCGCAACCUCACGGCGAAUCGUUUUCUAAAACGAUGGAUAUGACCGUUACUAAAUACAGCGAACCAAUGAAAAGUUUCUUUGAGAGAAUCAUCAGUCCAGCCGGUAAGGAGAAAACAAAUGUGUACGCUUAUAUGUUUCUCUGUGACUUUUUCAACUUCCUCCUGCUUAUCUUCGGAUUCUCCGCUUUCGGGACUCAACAAGGCGACGGCGGCGUAACAGCUUACUUACAGGAAAAUCGAGUUCCUAUGCCUUUCCUGCUGAUGUUACUAUUGCAAUUUGCUCUGAUAGUUAUUGAUAGAGCUCUUUACCUGAGAAAAUCCAUCGUGGGAAAAUUAAUUUUCCAAUAUUGUUUAGUGUUUGGUGUUCAUCUUUGGAUGUUCUUCAUUUUACCGAGCGUAACCGAAAGACAAUUCAACGAGAAUCUUCCGCCGCAGAUCUGGUACAUGGUGAAAUGCUUCUAUCUUUUACUAGCAGCUUAUCAAUUGCGACAAGGCUACCCGACACGAAUACUCGGUAACUUCUUGUGCAAAACGUACAACAUCGUGAAUUAUGUCUUAUUCAAAGGAUUUAUGUUGAUCCCGUUCCUUUUCGAGCUUCGUGCAGUCAUGGAUUGGAUCUGGACUGACACAUCUAUGAGUAUAAUGGAUUGGUUUAAAAUGGAAGAUAUCUUUGCUAGUAUUUAUCAAAUCAAGUGCAUGCGAGGCGUCGAGUCGGACUUUCCCCAGCCAAGAGGAGUAAAGAAGAAACAAAUGAGCAAAUACUUGGUCGGUGGAGGUGCUCUCCUUGUCAUAAUUGGCUUAAUUUGGUUUCCUCUGCUCCUCUUCGCGCUGGGCAGUACUGUCGGCGAGUCGAACUUGCCGUAUGAUGUAUCUAUGAAGAUACAAAUCGGCCCAUACGAACCCAUUUAUUCGAUGUCGGCACAAGGCAGCUCCAUCCGUGAAUACACGCAAACUCAAUACAAUGAUCUUAAAAAUAUCUACGCGAAGGAAAAAUCAGCGGUCACCUUCUUCGAGAAUUAUGUCUAUUCUGACGUAGCCGCAGUGAAAUUCAGUGGUUUCUCCAAAAGAUUUUGGGGUAUUUCUCCACCUGAUAGAGAAAGAUUAAAAUCGGAAUUGACUUCUAAUACUACGACGGUAAUUAUACACGUUGAAUGGACAGUUUCGAGAAAAACAGAUGCGAAAGAUGCCAGUGGAGUCACCACGAAGGUUCGUGACGUAAAACUGCCACCCUACGUAGACGGAGAGCUCAAUCCUGUCAGGAAAACAUUGGUGGACAUGUUAAACGUGCAAGAUUCUACUGCGAAUACUACUACGAAUGCCACCAUACUGUUGCAAAACGCUUUUCCGAAGUUCCUCAAAGUCACUGGUAGAACCAUCAAUGUUGUAAAGCAAUUGAUGUGGUCGCCACUUUUACCACCGCCGAAAGAAGACGAUGAGAGCUAUCUCUUCAGAAAUAUCAGCGUUCAAUUAUCUAUGGAUAAGAAUUGUUGCGCUCACCAGCAAUGGUGGGUGGUAAAUGAAGAAUGCAACGAUCGUUUGUACAACAUUCUUUUGAACAAGGUGCCUCUAAACGAUUGCAAAGACAUCAUGAUGUUCUUAUUCAACGACAAAACCUUCCCCGAGGGUUUAAGCUUCAUCAGCGGAUUCGGAAUCCUAGGGUUAUACACCACGGCAGUGAUAGUCAUCAGUCAGAUGAUGCGAAAAAUUGUCAGCGACAUGGCGCCGAAGAUCAUGUUCGAUGAUUUACCAUACGUCGACAGGAUUCUUCGCCUCUGCCUGGACAUUUAUCUAGUCCGCGAGAGUGGCGACUUGUGCCUCGAAGAAGACUUGUUUGCCAAAUUAAUCUUCCUCUAUAGAUCUCCAGAAACAUUAAUCAGGUGGACGAGGCCGCCAGAAGAAGGGGAACGAACUGAUAACGAAGAACAAGACGAGGAAGAAGAAGAGAGACAAGGGGAGGAAAGGAGAGAAGAGCAAUCUCGUCACGAUUAAAUUGUAAAAAAAGAAUGAAGGCUUCUAGAUAAUCAAUGUUUCGCAAUCUGUAUAAAUACUUCUAGAAAUUCUAAAAGUUAUUUAACUAUCUUAAAUUUAAAUGCAUUAUUUAAAAAUACAAUGGAACAGUUAUCCUGUUCAAGAUUAAGUUGCCAAAGAUGCUGAAUGUUUCUUUAUGAUUGAGAGAGAAAGAGAGAGAGACAGAGAGACAGAGAGAAUGACAUUUUUGAAUUUAUAUUAAAUGUCUACAUGGUUCACGUAUGUUCACAUAUUUCUUUGUCAUUAGUCGCUAAGAAAGCAAUUCUUUUUGUUAAGAAAGCAAUUCUUGAACUUUUCGUAACACAAAGUUUGAAAAAGGCUCAUUUGCAAAAUUUUGUUAUAUUAAUUGACCUGACUAAAAAAAUUGCGACCGUAAUUUUACGAAAAUAUAUUAUCAUUAAUAUUCAUAAACAUACACAACUAUAUAGAUGGUACAAUCGCAGAUGGGAUACUUUUUCAACCUUAAUUAUUUUUCAAUUUUGACUUAUUUUUACGAAAGAAACUUUCCAUCCACGAUUGCAUCAAUACUAUCGCUACGCUCUGUAUGAUACAAUGACAUACACAGGAGAUGUUUCUCGUCGUAUAAUAUAAUUUAUAGCUUCAUCUCAAUAACAUAAGUAAUGUUACGAAAAAAGUCGGCAAAUAAGAAUAUGCAUAAAUUUUCAAAUUUGAAGAUAAAAAUAA